AGACGCACCUCUCUCUCCGUCUCUCCCUCUCUCUUCAAAGCUAAACGCAGCACCCUGGACACUUCCACUUUCAGUAUGAGAGUACUGCCGGGGCUCUCAGAGGACAUAUCCAUGAGGAUCUGUCACAGGGCUUAGAAGGUAAGUCAACCUUUGCACUGAUUUGGAGAGUGGUGUUGCUGUCUCAAUGCCACUUCACAACAGAGAUGGAGAGGGCUUGCACAGGAUGCAGAAUAUUUUGGAUCUACCUUGUGACUAAACUGUGAAGCUGUGAAAUGGAAACUAUUUGCGUGGUGUCUUUAGAGGGACUGUCAGAGUCUCCCAAAAUGACCAUUUCAACAGCUACAUCCUCAGAAGUGAUUGCAGGGGACAUUAUGCCACCCUCAGGCGAUGCCCCUGUGGAGAACGGAAAUUACCUGAAACUGUCUGAGCCGCUUCGCCAGGAGACUGGGGGCAGAUUCACUCAGAUCCAAAGACAACAGGAAGAGACAGGUGCCGUUGAAGUGGACCAGCAGAGUUGUGGAAGUACCCGGGGAUUUUCUGAGCUUAACUGUGUCUCAAGCUCAGGCUCCCUUUGUCACUCUCCAGACGAGGGAGAACAUGAGUUUAGGACCCAGAUGCACCAAAAUGGACCAGAACAUAUACCAUUGCCUGUAAAUACAGAUUCAAGUAGUCCUGAUGUGACAGAGAAAGACACAGAGGAACCAAAUGCCAUUUUAGUAGCAAAUAGUUGGCCUACUGUGGAAAGUGGUCACAACUUCAGACAUUCAAAUAUGGAGGAUCCGAGGCUGACUGGAGUUGUGCCGGAUGUUUCUCAGCAUGGCGGCCUUUCGGCCCACCCCACUGCAGGCCUAAAUGGCCAUGAUGUCAAUGUUUGGCCCCACACACAGUCACCACGUCCUGUCCCGUCUCUGGUGGUCAUCUUGGACCAAUCCGUGACUCUGAGUGAUCUCCCGUCCAAAGCCCCUGCUCUAGACACUGGCCAGGGGCUAGAUCUCCCCCGCAUCAUCAAGCACAAGCCCAGCUCCAUCACCUUCGCCGACUACGACUGCCCGCCGUGUGAACGCCAGCAGCAGAGCGCCCUCGCCAACGAGAGCUCGGAUGGCCAGGAGUCUUCCUCGGAGGAUGACACCAACGACGCAGGCGGCGAUGACGAGGAUGAAGAUGAGAACGACGAGGACGUGUUUCCUGAACUGCCACUGUCCAUGGAGUUCUUGGCUGCCCAGCAGCGCAGGAAUAGAGAGCGGCCCAGAAGAAGGGGUGCCGUGGCGGAGAGCACUAGCUCCCCUGUGGACCUCUCGAGUGGCACCAAGGCUGAAGACGACACCAGCAGCACAAGGGAGCUUCCCCAGGUCCUGUCUCCCUGGUCGGAGUCCAUGUCCCAGCUGAUGAUGAAGCUUGACCAGCUCAAUCUGGACAUAGAGGACGCCCUGAGCGCCGGGUCGUCCCCCUCAGACACCCCCGCUGCCACUCGCAGACACACCACCGGUCACAACAACCCACAGCUGCGUGACGGCGUCUCAUGGAGGUCAGCCCAGUCGACCCAGUCUGCUGGCGCCAGCGGCACCCUUAGGGGACUGGACGCGGGGGACUCUUUCGGACAGGACAAGGGCUCCGCUUCAGCCAUGAGCUCCAGCUCGGCCUCCGUCACCGGAACCAGGACUCGGCCCAAGAAGACGGAGAUGUCCACCAAAAGGAGGAACAAAGGCACAGAGAUCGAAGCAAAAGAAGCCUGUGAUUGGCUCCGGGCGGCAGGAUUCCCGCAGUACGCCCAGCUCUUUGAAGAUUCUCAGUUUCCCAUUGACAUCUCUCCUGUGAAGAAAGACCACGAUUUUCUAGACAAAGACCUGGUGGAGCCCCUCUGUCGGCGACUCAACACAUUAAACAAGUGCGCAUCUAUGAAACUCGACGUGAACCUACCGAAGAAGAAAUGCGAAGACUCUGAUGAGGACGACCUGGUGGCCAUCAGCGACAAAUGGACAUUUGAGCAUAGCAGCCGUCGUUGGUCCAGACUGCAGGACAUCGACCGCCUGCUGGGUCCGGGCGAGAGCCUACGAGGCGGCGGCGGCGGUGGGCCGGGCGAGCUGGGCCUGGCCCUGCGCACCACCACCAGCAGCGAGAGCGUGCUGACGGACCUCAGCGAGCCCGAGGUGUCGUCGCUGCACAGCGAGAGCAGCGGUCAUAGCGGUCACCACCACCACCACCACCACCACCACCAGCACCACCACCACCACACGCGAGGCACGCACAGCGCCGCCGAGGACUCGGACAGCUCGCGGCGCACGUGCUCGGACUCGGCCGCCACCACCACCAUGCCGGACCCCACGUCGCUGGCGCUGCCGCGCGGCAUGGCCCUGCCGGCCGACGCCGGGCACAGCUACGGCUCCCUGCCGUCCAAAGGGGGCAAGCGGGCGCGGGUCAAGGACUUUGUGCGGCGCAUGGAGAACCUGCGCUCGCGCGGCGGCAACUCCGGCAGCGGCCGCCGGCCCCCGAUCAUCAGCGGGCCGGUUUUGCAGCAGGAGCCGAAGACGCUACGGACGCUGCGGUGCGUGGAGAUCGUGAACGGGGACGCCGCGGGCAGGGCUCCGGACUCGGCCCCCCGCAUCCCGACGCUGACCGUCGUCCCGUGCCCGUCCAGCAGCGAGGGCAGCAGCAGCCAGUCCAGCGGCAGCGCGGUCAGCACGCCCAGCAUGAAGGAGCGGCGGCCCCAUCGCCACGGCAGCGACGGCGGCGGCGGCGGAGGCGGAGGCGGUUGCCGGGCGGAGGCGGACAGCAGGCGGGGCGGCCUGUACCUGGAGGACGCGGUGGACGCCCUGGUGGAGCACAACCGCCGCAACGAGUUCCGCUCCUACGAGGACCUGGUGGUGCACAUCCCCAAGGACCACAAGCCGGGCACCUUCCCCAAGGCGCUGUCCAUCGAGAGCCUCUCGCCCACCACCACCACCACCGCCUCCACCACCACCACCACCUCCACCAGCCUCCACAACGUGGCCGGCGGCGACUGGCACUCCCUGGGCAGGGCCAGCCCAGAUGGGCCCCUGCCCCCUCCCCCUCCGCAGCAGCGGUUGCCCAGCCUCCGCGAGCCGCGGCCCGUCACCCAGUGCUGCACGCGCGGCAGCCGCAUCAGCGUGUACGACAACGUGCCCGGCUCGCACCUGUACGCCAGCACGGGCGACCUCAUGGACCUGGAGAAGGAGGAGGACCUGUUCCCGCACCUGGACGACAUCCUGCAGCACGUCAGCGGCCUGCAGCAGAUCGUCGACCACUGGACCAAGAACGUGCUGCCCGGCGGGGAGGAGGCGGCGGACGACGACGACGACGACGACGACGACGACGAUCGCGACGGCGGCGGCGGUCGGGAAGGGGACGGAGAGGAGGGGGCCGAGGGCGAGAUGCCGGACCUGCAGUCCUCCAGCCAGAUCACGCUGGACUUCGAGGCCAACUCGGUGCUGGAGGGCCAGACGACGCCCAGCGACGGCGACCGGGACGGCGUGUCCCUGAACGAGACGGAAUCCGGGGGCAUGAGGGAGCGCCGGGACUCGGGGGUCGGGGCGUCGCUCACGAGACCGAACCGGUUGCGAUGGCCCAGCUUUCAGAUAUCCAAUCGCCUGAGCCAUUCGAUGGCCUCCCUGCAGAUCACCAACCAAUCAGGAGGCCAGAUGUGUCUGCUGCAGAAGUUCUCUCUCCUGCGGCUGACAGCCAUCAUGGAGAAGUACUCCCUGUCAAACAAACAUGGCUGGACCUGGUCAGUGCCAAAGUUCAUGAAGAGGAUGAAGGUGCCCGACUACAAGGACAAGAAUGUGUUUGGGGUGCCUCUGAUUGUGCAUGUGCAGAGGACCGGUCAGCCGCUGCCCCUCAGCCUCCAGCAGGCCCUGCGCUACCUCAGGAGCCAGUGUCUGGACCAGGUGGGUCUGUUCCGUAAGUCGGGGGUGAAGUCUCGCAUUCAGGCCUUGAGGCAGAUGAACGAGAACUCGCCGGAUGAUGUGAACUACGAGGACCAGUCGGCCUAUGACGUGGCGGACAUGGUCAAACAGUUCUUCAGAGACCUUCCUGAGCCACUGCUCACAAGCAAACUUGGAGAGACUUUCCUCCAUAUCUACCAAUAUGUGCCCAAAGACCAGCGCUUGCAGGCGGUGCAGGCGGCCAUCAUGCUCAUGUCGGAUGAGAACCGUGAGGUGCUACAGACGCUGCUCUGCUUCCUGAGUGAUGUCACUUCCUCAGUGGAGGAGAACCAAAUGACCCCCAUGAAUAUUGCCGUGUGCUUGGCCCCUUCGCUCUUCCACCUCAACAUCCUGAAGAAAGACAAUCUAUCCCCCAGGGCCAUGCAGAAGAAGUACUCCACAGGACGCCCGGACCAGAAGGACCUGAAUGAGAACCUGGCGGCCACUCAAGGCCUGGCUCACAUGAUCAUGGAGUGCAACCGCCUCUUUGAGAUUCCCCACGAGAUGGUGACGCAGUCUCGUAACUCGUACGUGGAGGCGGACCUGCACGCUCCCACCAUGGAGGAGAUGUUCAAGUCCCUGGAGGAGGACGACGGCUCCUACCAGACCCACAUGGAGCUCCGGCUGCAGGGCCUCCUGAAGGAGACGCGGGAGAAGGCCAAGGGCUGGGUCUCCUGCUCCAGCGCAGACAACACCGAGCUCCACUACAAGAAGGUGGGGGAUGGGAACCCUCUGCGGCAGUGGCGUGUGUCCGUGGAGGUGGAGGCCCCUCCGUCGGUGGUGCUGAACCGCGUGCUGCGAGAGCGCCACCUGUGGGACGUGGACCUGCUCCAGUGGAAGGUCCGCGACACGCUGGACAAGCAGACCGAGGUCUACCAGUACGUCCUCAACCGCAUGCCCCCGCACCCCAGCAGAGACUUCGUGGUGCUCAGGUCCUGGAGGACGGACCUGCCCAAAGGCACGUGUUCUCUGGUGUCCGUGUCUGUGGAGCACGAGGACUGUCCCAUGCUGGGGAUGGUGCGGGCAGUGGUGCUCGAGUCCAAUUACCUGCUAGAGCCUUGUGGGUCCGGCAAGUCCAGGCUCACGCAUAUCUGCAGAGUGGACCUCAAAGGGAGAACUCCGGAGUGGUACAACAAGGCCUUCGGGCAUCUGUGUGCAGCCGAGGCCGCCCGAAUCCGCAACUCCUUCCAACCAAUCAGCGCCGACGGCCCUGAGACCAAGAUCUAGAAUAGAUUGUCCCAGCACAACACAUGAAACCAUAAACUCCAAUGUUCUGUUAUUUAGAUGCCUUCGAUAAAUGAACGAAUGCAGGGAGCCUGGUGCACGGUUCAGAUACCUAAAUGCUCUUAGAAACCCAGAUGGGCCCAUUUUGAGCCUUAGUUUCAUGCUUGCACAGUGAAAAAAAGUGAGACGAGUGAGAUAUCACUGUCUCUCUGGUGCUGGACACUAUAUUAUAUCCACAAAGGAGCCUCAGCAUCCUGCCAAUGUCUCUCUACGUCAAUGGUACUGCAUGAUGUUCACUCUGUUGUUGUUCAGUAUAUUAUUAUAAUAUGUAAUUAUUUGAUCCAUAAUAAUAAUAAUAAUAAUAUGUAAUGUAAUUAUUUCUGAAAUGUUGCUCUUAUACAAUGUAUAGGACAUUUAAAAGCUCUUAAAAGCUUCUGGGAAGCGAGUGUAUAUUAUUCAUAUUAAAGACAAAACUAUAUAAUAUGUCAGAGUAUACAGUGUUUGUGCACAUGUCUGUAUAUAUAUACUGUAUAUACAUUCUGUACAAGAUGUAUAUACUGUUGAUAUAUUCCCAUGAAUAUGUAGAUUGUUUUCUUAUGAAUAUGUAGAUAUAUUUUCCCAUGUAUUGACUAUGUAUUGAUAUCUCUUUUUUGCAUUGAUAUCAUCCUUGACUUGUAUGGUACAAAGCAUUACUGAUUUGUAAGCUGGUUUUACUUUAAAUAUUGUUGGAAUUUUAUUUUAUUUUAUUGUAAACCCAUGAUGUUUUAAAGAUUGAAAGGAAAAAAUGACAUGGGUUUAGCUUUUGCCAAACCUGCUCUUGUAGUACUGGACCGCGUUUAGGAAAUGAGGUGGAAACCAUGUUUUUUUAAUUAAACUAUUAAAAAACUGCAGUAAA